AUGGCUGCAGCUCCCCCAAGUUACUGUUUUGUAGCCUUUCCCCCAUGUUCUAAAGAUGGGCUGGUGGUGUUUGGAAAGAACUCUGCACGGCCUAGGGAUGAAGUACAGGAGGUGGUCUACUUUGCUGCCGCAGCUCAUGAUCCAGGAAGCAAAGUUGAGUGCACAUAUAUUGAGAUUGAGCAGGUGCCGAAGACUCAUGCUGUUGUGCUGAGCAGGCCCUCUUGGCUUUGGGGGGCCGAAAUGGGAGCUAACGAGCAUGGAGUCUGUGUAGCUAAUGAAGCCGUCGUGACCAGAGAACCAGCUUCUGAAUCUGAAGCCUUGCUUGGAAUGGAUCUUGUCAGACUUGGCCUAGAAAGGGGUGCAACGGCUAAAGAAGCAUUGGAUGUAAUAGUUGCUCUGUUGGAAGAGCAUGGACAAGGUGGAAAUUAUUAUGAAGAUGGGAGUUCAUGCCAUACUUUCCAAAGUGCAUUUUUGAUUGUGGACAGAAGUGAAGCCUGGAUACUGGAGACUUCUGGAAAGUACUGGGCGGCAGAAAAAAUCACAGAGGGGGUGAAAUGCAUUUGUAAUCAGCUUUCAUUAACUACAAAAAUUGAUGCUGAGCAUCCUGAACUAAGGGAUUAUGUGAGAAGUCAAGGCUGGUGGAACGGAGACUCUGACUUCAAUUUUUCUGAAGUGUUCUCUCUUGCUGAUGACCAUUUAACCUGCUGUUCCGGCAAGGAGAGCCUAGAAAAGCAAGGUGGUGACGUUUCUGCACAAGCUAUGAUUGAUGUCCUGCGUGACAAGGAUAGCGGUGUCUGUGUAGACUCUGAAUCUUUCCUUACUACAGCUAGCAUAGUGUCUGUUCUGCCUCAGGACCCUAGUUUUCCCUGUGUUCAUUACUUCACUGGCACGCCAGACCCUUCAAGGUCCAUAUUUAAACCCUUUAUUUUUGUUGAUGAUGUAAAAUUAGUACCAAAAGUACAGUCUCCUUCUUUUGGCAAUGAUGAUCCCGCUAAAAAGAUACCUCGAUUCCAGGAGAAACCUGAUCGCAGGCAUGAAUUGUACAAGGCCCAUGAAUGGGCCCGAUCUCUUCUUGAGAAUGAUCAGGAUAAAGGCCAGAAGCUGAUGAGGAUUAUGUUAGACCUUGAAAAACAAGGCUUAGAAGCAAUGGAAGAUAUCCUUACUCGUACAGAGGUUCUGGAUCCUGCCGAAGUAGUGGAUCUUUUCUAUGACUGUGUUGACACAGAACUAAAGUUCUUCAAAUAAAGUAAGCAAACACUUCACUUCUUUAGGUACGGACUUUCUGGUACCAGGUAUCGGUGAAUGUGAAAUGUUGGAUCCGAUUCUGAUCCUCUUCCUUCUCUUUUACACUAAGCUAAGGGUGUUCAGAAUUGGGUCCAAAGCCACCCUUCUACCUCAGUGCAUCUGCUCGGAUUGUCUCCAAAGUCCCUUUUCCUUAUGCUACAUUGCAGGCAAUUUUUUUUUUUCAAUUUCACUCUUGCUUGGAAUGGAUUUUAAAUUAAUUUUAUCUCAUUUCAGCUACGGUGGCUAUUGUUAGCCUUUUCUCUGGAAGACUGCAAAGUUCUUCAAGCCUUGACAGAAAGUCUUCACACUUGUGAAUUUGCAGGAAAAACAUUUCUAGAGGAAAAAAUGUUACUUGCUAGCUGUAUCCGGUUAACAAAUUGCUUUCCUGUGUCCAAUCUUGUGGUGUUCCUGUUUGUGUAUGUAUAUAGUGAAAGGAGAAAGUCACUGACUGGUCCAAUUACUGUGUGCAUGCUGGCUAAUUUAGUACAGAAUGUUUAAAUAUGUAUGUUGGGCAACCAAUUAAAGCAAAGAUUAACUUC